AUGAAGUUUGCUGCUUGUAUUUGCCUUAAAGUUUUACAAAUAAUUUUUACUGUCGCAACGUUGAUCCUAAAAAAGUUAUCUGAUAAAUAUUCUGAGCGGUUACUAACAAGUAAUCAAAAGAGGCUUACGGAAUGGAUGCUUCUAAAUACGCUUUCAUUAACGAAAGAAGCUGAUGAAUUUAGUUUACUGACUUUCACGGGAUAUAUUUUUAUAUCAAUGAUUUUAUUGAUAUGCAGAUUCACUGAAAAGAACUCCAAUUAUCACAUAUGUGAGAUUAUUUUAUUGAGUUUUGGAGUAAUAUUUUUCACUACACAAGGGCUAUUAACAUUUAGUAUUGUGGAACAGUUGCAAGAUGAUGUAUCAGUUUUCAGUUAUGUAAUCGGAUCAUUAUCUUUUAUAUGUGCGCUUCUUUUUGCCUUAGACCUAUUCUUUUUUAAACGUAUGUCGGAACCUAAAAAUGCGAUUUCUCAAACUGAUUUGGAGUGGAAAACUAAAGCUGCCACCUACAAGCAAGGAUUGGAAAUAGCAACUAACGAGAAAACGGCGUGCUGUCGGCAGGCAGUGUUGAAAACUGAGAAAAAACUAACAUAUUUACGAACGGAUUUAUAAUUUGAAUUGGAAUCACUUUUGUUUAUAGUUGUAAUUAAUCAAAGAAAAGGUUUUUAAAUAUUUCAAAAAUGUAUAACAUUAUUAGUUCACAACAAACAAACGGAAUCAAACAAACUUCGGAUAUA